AUUAAACUCACUCACCGAGCAAUUCCCAUAGUUAAUAUUUCUUCACUACUGCAAGUUCAUGUCAGAUUUCAACUUAAAGUGAAGCCUAUAUUAUUAUUUUGGGUUCAACCCUUAUUCAUGGUGUUCUUUCAUUUCCACUCUUUCUUCUUCUUUAGGAGCCUUUGCGUUAAGGAGCAUGGAAGAAGAGAGAAAAAAGAGAAAAAUAGAGAAUGAAGAAGAAAAUGAGGAAGAGAAGAUGGAAGAGUUUUUCUCCUUGAUAAAGAGGACAAAAGAUGUUCGAGAUCGUCUCUAUAAUAAGGAGAAGACAGAAAAGAAAAUUGAUGGAGAAAGGGAAAAGAGUAUUUGGAACCCAACGUUUCAACCAGAAGACUUCAUUGAAAUGGGAAAGAGUAUUCAUGCAGGUCCUUCAGAGAAAGAGUUCAUAGAAAAGAAACAAGAUUCGCAAGAAGCAACACCAUUACCACCAACACCCCAAGAGAAAGACAAAGCAAGUGAACAUUUAGACUUGAAUCUUUCUUUAUAAAAUAAUACUAUAUUAUGUAAGCAUAAUAUUCAACCACAUAUAUAUGAGCCUAUCACUAUGAUUUGCUGACCUUCUUUGUAAUCCAGUUUUCUUUGCUAUUUCAUCAUCAAGAUUUUGACACUAUAGACUAUAGUUGUUGUACACUGAAAAGAAGCUAACAUCCUUCGUAAAUUGCAGUCAUACAUUUCUCAUGAUCAA